AUGAGAGGAAUUUUUGAAUUUAUCGAGUUUGUCCGUGGCAAGACUUCUCCUGGACAACUUUUCCACAUUUGUCCAUGCGGAAAAUGUCGCAACAGAUCUGCCAAUUCUGUAACUUUUGAGGACAUGUAUGUUCACCUGUCACAAUACGGUAUUUGUCCCACACUUGUAGAUAUUCAAGCACAAUGUAACCAGGGCGAGUCUUCCUCUAGUGCCAAUUUUGGGGACCCUGGUGUGAUAAAUUUCUUAAACGAUGCAUUUCCGUCCGCCUCAGCAUACGAUGGAAGUGUUUCACAGGACAACAGCAAUACAACCUUCCCUAAUGUCUCCCAGGUCGGCAGUAGUGACUAUGAUAGUUAUAACAGGCUUAUGCGGCACGCACAGACACCGCUGUACCCUGGAAGUGAGCAUACUAUGUUGGAAACUGUCAUGAAGCAAAUGAGUAUCAAAAAGAAGAGGAACAAGACCGUUGCUUGUUUUAACGAUGACAUUGCACUUCUGAAAGAGUUGCUUCCUGCUGACAACAACUGUCUGGAAAAUUAUGACAAGGUCAAAAGCAUCUUGAGUGAGUUCGGUCUUGAGUACAUCAAGAUAGAUGCAUGUGUCAAUAACUGCAUCCUGUACUACAAAGGUUAUAAGGAUGCAUUGGAGUGCCCACACUGCUAUGAGCCGAGGUAUGAAUCCCACGCUCGUUCUAGACAGACAGGCCCCAUUCUUAGGAAGGUUCUUCGCUAUUUCCUAUUGGGUCCUCGUCUACAACGUCUCUACAUGUCUUCACAUACGUCCAAACAUAUGAGAUGGCACCACGAAAGGCACCAGCAGAGGCCGGAUAGGCCUACGGUAGAUCCGGAUAAUCUCACACACCCCUCUGACGGGGAGGCUUGGAAUCACUUUGACCGUUCAUUUCCUGAUUUUGCCUCUGAAUGUCGAAAUGUCAGACUUGGACUAGCAACAGACGGAUUCAAUCCUAUUGGAGACAUGAAUAACUCUUACGGUAUAUGGCCUGUGAUAACAUUUCCGCUCAACUUGCCUCCAAACAUGUGCAUGAGGACGGAGUAUAAUUUUCUUACUCUGUUAGUUCCGGGCAAGUAUUCUUCAGGAAAAUGCUUGGACGUGUACAUGAGGCCAUUAAUCGACGAGCUCCUGCAGUUAUAUGAAAAUGGAAUCCAUACUUUUGACAGGUAUAGUAAGACUUACUUCUUCAUGAGAGCAGCGGUUCUUUUUACCGUCAAUGAUUUUCCUGCUUACGAGAUGAUGUCUGGUCAAACUACCCAUGGAUACAAAGCGUGCCCUGUAUGUAUAGACGAGGUCAAUUCCAGUCAUCAUACCCACAGAGUUGUUUACUUAGGAUCCCGUAGAUGGCUUCCACCAGAUCACCCGUGGCGGUACGAUGCACAACCAUUUGAUGGGACUGUUGAGCAAGGCCCGAAACCCGAAGGGAGGUUUGGUCAAUGGAUUCUGGAUAUGCUGAACCAGCACUGGUUUGGAAUUUUGAGCAGCUCUAGGUAUGUAAACGACCAAAAUCCUCCCACCCCUGAAGAGUUUAAGUAUUGGACACACAGGAGUUCAUUCUUUGAGUUGCCUUACUGGUCGACGUUGAAGAUCAGACACAACUUAGACGUUAUGCACAUAGAGAAGAAUGUUUGUGACAGCAUCCUUGGAACAAUUCUAGACAUCAAAGACAAGACCAAAGACACCGCCAAAGCUCGUGCUGACCUUGAAAAGAUGGGUAUACGUCGAAAGCUAUGGAUAAAGCUGAACAAAUAG